AUGUUUCUCUUGGCGCUGUCGCCUCCCACCUCUGACCUCCGUCCAGCCCCGCCCCACUGUCCAACGCUUUCUAGUGACACCCAGCCCGCAACCCCUCCUCUCCGGCACUUUCUAGCGAGACCCAGCCAGUGGAGUCCCUCCUCUACGACAGUGAAGUUUGUGGGGAAUUUACUUAAAGGACAAACUGUUGAUGUGAUUGGAGCAGGUCGUAUUGGAUCUGCAUACGCUAGAAUGAUGCCAGUAGCGAAGAACCUAUCACAUGGAAAAGCGCAUCAUCAAUGGAUGAGAUAUGAUGUCCAAUUAAAUAAUGCCAUUCUUGUUGAAGACAAGCAUUUGUCCAUGUAUGAUGAAAUGUCAUCCCAAUUCACUAUAGAGUACAUUGCUAACGGUGCUACUCAGUAUUCAAUUAGAGUUUCCCAGAGACUUGAUGACAAUUUGACUUCUUAUAAGCUUGAUCUUACAGAAGCUCAAACUGCAGCUCGAGAAAGACAUGAGUUGUUAGAGAAUGUUAUGAAAGAUUCCAGGGAUUCUGUUGAGCUAAAAGUCAAAGAACUACAAGAUUUGGUUGUCAAAGAAGUGAAGCAGAUAGUUUCUUUUUGUACCGGGCUAAAGAAUGGAUUGAGUAUUAAUAAAUUUGGUUAUGGUUCUUCGAUAGUAAAGCCAGUUACCCAAGGUGAUUUAAAGAAUAAAGGAAAAGGUGUACAUGUUAAUCCUUCUGAGGAAGAAUAG